AUGAAUCCCAGAAGCCCAAAAAAUGAAAUUGAAGAAACAGAAAUUGUUCCUUCUUCUUCUUCUUCAAAUCAACAAACAGAAAUUGGUUCAUCAAGUGUAGCAAAAUCUUAUGAGAAAACCAUCGUCAUUGAUCCAGUCACUAAAGAUAUUUAUGAUCUUGAAAAGGAAAUUGGUUCUUUAUACGGUGGACGCGGCAGAGUUUACAAAGCUCUCUAUUCCCAAUAUGAAAAAGAGAAGGACAUGCAUGAACCUGCUGGCGUAGUCACUUUGAAGACCAUCGACCUGAAACUCCAUAAAACUGAAUUCAACGAGUUUCGAAGCCAAAGUACUAUAGGUCUUCCUUAUAUUCGCGGUGCCAAAGUAAUUGGAUCCAUGAGAAUUUUCGGUACUCCUUCAAAUUUGUUUUGUGUUUCUUUACAAUAUAUGUCUGAGGGAUCCCUUCGUUAUAUUCUUUCUACUCGUACCAACAAAACAUUGCCAGAGGAUUUCAUUUCUGUUGUUCUUAAAGAAGUACUUGUUGGUCUACGUGAUGAACUUCAUGUUGAGCCUAAUCCAAGGGUUCAUAAUACUUUAAAUGUUGGAGAUAUCUUUGUUCACAUUGAUGAUGCUAGUGGCGAAAUGUUGAUUAAAUUAGCAUGUCAAGCAUCUGUUUACGAUUCUGGAAACAUCCCAGAUUAUAAUCGUGGAGCAGCUAGUUCAUCCUCUUCGAUUUUGGAUCCGGAGAGUAUUUCUAAAUUGGUUACUGCACCAGAGGUGUUUGGGAGUAAAAAUGACAAUAGUGGACCAAAAUCUGAUAUCUGGCUAUUGGGAAUAAUGGCACUGGAAUUAGCUUUUGGAGUUUUACCUGUGAGGAAUCGGGAAGACUUGGAUCAUAUAAUCGAAAAGUUAAGGAAGAAGAGGAGAUUUCCAAAAUCACUCAAAAAGCUGCUGAUCGUCAAGAAGAGAAAAACAACAUUCAAGAAAGCAAUGAAUUUGCUUAAACCAAAGGAAAAGGUGUUCUCAAAAAAGUUUGAGCGAAUGGUUCGGGAAUGUCUUGCUAAGAAUCCAAGGGAGAGACCAACUGCUGCACAGCUUCUGAGCAGUUCAUUCUUUACUAUAGAAAGGGAUAUUGAAAAGUUUAAGCGAUUCGUGUUGAGUGCUAAGAAGAAUCCAGUCCCUACUGACAAUUGA